AUGGCCCGUGUGAUCGGUUGGUCUGGCCUCGACUCGGGCCCAGCCCUUUUUGAAGUGUACAAGUACCCAGGAAAUGGGACCCUCGGGGACCACCUGUCAAGGGACCGUGAGGACUUGCCGCCUCUCGACUGGCUCACCAGAUUGAGAAUCGUGUACAAGACUGUAAGCAUGCUCGUAUUCCUUCAACGUCAAGUCUCGCCACCUGUCACAUGCGGCGACCUCCGAUCGGGACAUAUAUUAUUAGACACGGAAUUCUCCGUGAAGCUCGCUGAUUUCGAGCUCCAGGAUGCACCGAGGGAAAGAAUAUCUCGCCUUCCGGUGGACUUCCCAGCGGCGGCACUGCGGAGGAUAAGAAACGGGAGGCUCGAGGAGAUUGUCGACCCGGAACUUUACUACCACGAGUGGCCGCCGUCCGAGAGAGAACAGAUGGAGGCGGUUGCUGACCUUGCGAAACGCUACGUGCUGUUCGGGGCCGACGGGAGGCUCGGGUGGGCUGAUGUGGCGAGGGAGCUGGCCAAUGUCAUGAGGGACUGUGUCGAUGCGGGGCCCACAGUGGGGUUGGAGGAAACGUUCUCUAACUCGAGCCUGCUUCAGAUGAUACCUAUGUCGCCUGACUCAAUUUGCGUGCACUAG